UGUUUUAAACGCCCUUACACAGGACUCUUCCAUCUGAAAUUCAGGGAAUGAGCAAAGAAAUUUUGUCUCCUCGACUCCGCCCCACAGACACUGAGGCGUUUGUGGGCUGGAACAAAUUAGGUUACGAAUGAGCCCCUCCCCCUUCCCCGCCUUUUUCGGAGUUUUCAAAGAGGUCCGCGACCUUACUAUAAAUAAGAAUUCGGCACUUACCUAAAUUUGUACAUAGUUUUCCUGAUAUAGGUUAGGCAAUGUCUGGACGGGGUAAAGGUGGAAAAGGCCUUGGGAAAGGAGGCGCGAAGCGUCACCGUAAGGUUCUGCGGGAUAACAUUCAAGGUAUUACUAAACCCGCCAUCCGCCGCUUGGCUCGUCGCGGUGGGGUCAAGCGCAUCUCUGGCCUUAUUUACGAGGAAACUCGCGGGGUGCUGAAAGUGUUCUUGGAAAACGUGAUACGGGACGCGGUCACCUACACCGAACACGCCAAGCGAAAGACGGUUACGGCCAUGUACGUCGUGUACGCACUGAAGCGUCAGGGACGCACUCUUUACGGAUUUGGCGGCUAAGUUGGAACCUACAAACAAGUUUUCUGUAUCACUCACCAGGUCCUUUUCAGGGCCACCUA